CUCGUCCAGGAGCACACGAGAUAGGACUGGAGGACUUGAUGAGGAAGAUGACGAUGAUGAUGAAGAGCUGACAGAAGAGUCAAGCCUUCUCUUAGGGAGAGGAAGAGAGAGGGAACGCUCAAUCAUCCGGCCUCGUUCCUUCAGUCAUGGCCGCUUGCCACCACCAGUACCUCCCAGGAAACCACGCACAUCCUGGGGCGACAGAGAAAGAGAACGGGGAAGGGAAAGAGGCGGGAGCCAACUGUCUCAGCUCCAAGAGUGGUGGGCAAGCUGGAGUGAAAGGGAGAGGAGUGGAACAGGUGGUGAUGCUGACAGGCAAAAGAGGGAAAAGAAGAGGAGAAAAGAAAAGGAGAAAGAGAAGAAGAAAAAGAAAAAGAACAAAAAGAGGAAAAAGAGGGAAGAAAGAGAAAGAGAGCGUGAGAGAGAAAGGAAGCGCAGAAAGGUGAAAAAGAAAAAGAAGAAGGCACUGAAAACAAAGAAGCAUAAGAAAUCAACUGGGGGGAAACGGUCUGAGCCAGAAGAUGGGGAUGUAGAACCUGAGAGGGAAGGUGAGACAGAGAGAGAUAGAGAUGGAGGAAUGCAAGACUACUCUUCCUUUUCUGCCCAGUAUGGCAGCACAUUUGGUGAGAAGGGGCGGGAUUCAUGGGAGGGAGAAAGAGAACGAGGCAGAAGAGAAGGAGCAGAGGAGGACAAUGACAGGGAUGAGGAAGACAGUGGAAGAAGUAGGGAGAGGCGUCCAAAAUCUUCACACUCUCAUUCUAGAUAUCGCACCCUCAGUAAACGCUACCCCAACCCCAAUAAGUUUCCUGCAUCUGUCAAAUUUUGGAUGAAUGGAAGAGGAGGUGACUCGAAUGCUCCUCCAUUGUCUCUCCACCCACUCCUUCCGUCCUCCAAGCGACAAAAAAGUGGAGGGUUGGAUCGAGAAGACAGUGGCAAAGUAGGAGAGCGUCGUCCUCUGUUGAUGCAUUAUGAAAAAGAGAAAGCACAGACAAGAGAAGGGCUGUCCUUCCAUGAAUGGGACUCAGAUGAAGAUGAUGUUGAUGACAAUGAUGAUGAUGAUGAUGAGGAGGAGGAGGAAGAAGAGAGGGAUAGAGUGAGGGAGCGUUUGGAGAAUAGGGGAAGGAGGUUGGGUAGGGGGGCUGUUUCUGAGUCAGAGAGGGACAGGGCCAGGGUGGAUGACAGCUACUCAGAUGAGGGCUCUUCAGGGGAGUUUGGUCGUUUUGAAAGAUAUUGGGAAGAAGGUGCAGGAGGGAGCGGCACUGGGAUAGGGGGAAUUGGAGGGGGAGGUUGGUUCUUUGGUACCUACCCAUCAAGAGAGAAGGGAGGCAGCAUCAAUAGUCGAGAUGAUUCAUUACUUGGAACUCGUGCAGAGGGAUGGAUUGGUACUGAUUUCUGUGGAUCUGGACACGGCGUUGGUUGGGCACCAGGAGGAGGGAGUGGAGGGCUGGACUCCCAGUGGCCCCUACCUCCAACAGCUUUCCCCCCACCUAGACGUUACUGGUCUAUGGACAAAAUUCCUGUGAAGGGAGAGAAAAAAUGGAAGAGUGGUGGAGGUAAGAGGAAAGGACGAAGUAGGGAAAGAGCGGAGGAAGCAGGACGGGCAACUGUGUGCUCUUGUAGCCUUUACCCCCAACCACAUCCUUAUCCACACUCCCAUAGUCGCUCACACACCUCCCACUCCAAGAGAGGAGCCUCAGCCCUUUCCCGUAGCCAAGAAGAGCUUCUCCCCCACUGUCAAAGCUUCAGCGGGGGUUCACGUCCAAAGCCUUUGCCUCCCAAACCAGAUUCCAAUCAAGCCAAAUCAGGCAGCCAAUCUAACCUCAGCCUCAACACACAGCCUACAGACCAUCAACUACAACCUUCACCAUCACCACCACAGCAGCCAUCUAUGUCUCCCACUUCCCUCCCGAUGCCCAUCCCACCUCCCCCAUCUUCAGCCUCCAUCUCACCACCAGCAGGGGUGGGGAUGGCAGGCCAGGCUCAGGCUACAGCCAGUGCCAAACUUCAGUAUCAGAGACUGCGCUCUGUGCCACAGCCACGGAGGUUCUAUUCUCCCCACCUGCCACUCAAAGCCAAGAGCCUGUGCUCACGUCGAGGGUCAGCCCACUUCUCCAGCCUGGAGAGUGAGGUAUGACAGGGGGAGAGGAGAGAGGGAGACGUGGGAGCAAGCACCAAUGCUAUUGAAAACCAUGGUGCCAUGGCAGCUGGAGCCAGGGACGACAACAAUGAUAUGGCUGCCUUGGUGACCAUAGGUAAUCAGUUAGCAUCCAUCACUACAGGAACUAAUAUGGACAGUAGUUCUAUUGCUAACACUACUCUCAGUGAGGGCAACACUACUGCCACCCGCUCUAUUGUACGUGUACUUAUGAGAGCGACGGUGAGAUGCCACACAAGGGUUAGCUACAUCCGUCUGGAUGGUUCCCAUGACGAUGAGAGCGAAGGUGAGGCUGCAUCACCGGGGACACCAGCCCCAGAACUUCUUCUAUGCUCAGAAAUGAGGUUUGUGAUGUCAUCUUCGAUUCUCCUCCCCUCCCCAAGUCACAACUUUGGAUAACAGUAGUCUCCAACCUGUGAGUAAUGAUGUCACGUAUGCACACGCACAUAUCUGCACACACAAAACACACACACACACAGUAUGCUCAAAACGUCUCCCUCCCUCUGGCUUUGAAAACACACAUCUCUGGGAUGAGGAGAGACCCACCUUUUCUCAAAACAUGCCGAUGUUUGGUCUGUAGAGUCUGGCUCAUUGUCCUCAUGGGCUGUUGGCUUUUGAACCGGAAUGGAGGACUGCUUCUUGGUGUUUGAGAGACUACUCCCUCUUCUUCCCUUUUUUAAGAAAAAGCAAUGCAGUCACCUCUCUCUCAUGCACUGUCUGCCUGAUCACCAUUCUAUGGACAGUGAGCACAGUGCUAAUUAUUUGCCCUUUGGCCUCUUGACACAUCAGACCCAUCUAGCUCUACCCCAGGACCAUCUGAUAUGAUGUCAUGUUUUACAAAAAAAAAAAAAAAAAACUUUUAACCAGUCACAUUGAACAGGAACCUUUUUUCCUCUACCCUGCUGGAGCUUGUCAUGUCACCUCUGGUCCAACUGGGAAAUUGUUCCAAGUUUCAAAGAAUCUGAACAAAACAACUUAAAAGAAAAACAACAACAACAAAAAAAGACAUGUAGCAAAAUUUAUUUCUAUGUCUGUCUUUAUUUUUAUUUCUUAUUCAGACAUCUCUCCCCAUCCCUCUUUUUAUUCUGUCCAAAUGUUUCUCUGACUGUGUUCAUGUUUUAAUAGGAGGCUGGAUGUGGCUAGUGUUGGAAGUGGGAUUGAUUUAAUAGCAAUGCCAAAUUUCCACUUUUGAGCUUUUACACAAAAUUGGUUUUCAAGUAAUUUUUGUGAUAAAAUCUUGUCUUUUGUCUGGAUGUGUGAACAACACAUAAUUUCAUCCUCAUGUAAGCGGAUCCAGGGGAUGAUUAGUGCAAUAUCUGUAAUUGGCACUAGAUGGCUGCAUAAUAUUCAAAUAAGCUUUUGAGACAGGUGCAGGAAGCUUGUGCUUGCUUUAUUUGUAGAAACAGGACAGGUUUGAAGUAGUAUGCAGCUAUGAACUUAAUUACUUCUAUGAAAUUGUUCAGUCAGGAUUUAUUCUGAGGAACUAGGGGGUUUCAAACCAGGAGCUGUGUAUUUUAAAGCUCUCUUAGGAUGCAAUUCUGUGUUGACACUAUUAUGUGUCUUGGCUGAGUUUGUGGAUGAUGGAUUAUGUGAAGCACAAUUCCUCGUUGUAUUUUUCAGUCAUGUGUGCCACAGUUGUAAAUGCACAAUUUCAAGGUAACAUAUUUUGCUGACACAGCUCUUCACGUGAUAACUAAUGUUGCUGUUGUAAAUGAUAAAUUUCCCAUUAACCAAGGUUCAAAUUGUUUAAAAAAAAAAGAAAGAAAAAAAAAAA